AUGGACCGACACAGUGGCUGGGAAAAUGAGCUCGAGCGUAGCAACGACUCGGGCGACCCGCGGGCCCCCGUCCCGGCUCUGAGGGCGCGGCUCCCGCUCCCCUCGCCACCCCGGUCUCUCCGUCUCCGCCGCUUCCUGCGCGACCCCGGGCCCGCGGGCGCCGCUGCUUUCCGGAGGCCGAGGCGGUGGGGACCCGCGUCUCUCGCCGCCUUCCCAGGUGAGAGCGUGGGCAUCGUCGCCGCGCGCAGGUCUCAAGUGAGGUCCAGGGAGAACUGGGGACCUCGGGCGACCAUCUUGCACAUCUGUAAAUCAGAAGUCAGAAUUUCAGCUGCUGUGGCCGGAGUGUGGACCAAACAUUAUUCAUCUGCUUCCAAACUGCCCAGUGCUCUGCUUCUACUCCCGUCCCUCUUCCUGACUUGGCUUCUUGGGCUUAGAGACAACAUGCCCUUAGACUUUCAGAAGCUGGAGAAGGAAAUGGAGAUAAAAGGAAAGAGAACCAAGCAGAGAGUUGGGGACCUCAUACGACCAAAAACGAAGCCUUGGAAGCAGAGGGCGUCCUUUGGACCCGGGGUCCCUGUGCCUGAGAAGCUCCUCUCCCAGGGGAAUAUUGAGGACGAGGACCUUCCUCCAGAGCCAACAGAGAGACGAAGCCUUCCCCUAGGGCUGACGCCCUGAAUUUGGGCUUGUGGCCUACCAGACAGUGUGAAUAAACCUCUCUUUGUUA